GUCAGUUAGUCUGUCAAACAGACUGACUAAACACACAACUCGGACCACUCACACAUUCAUCACUGUCACGGAAAUCAGGCAAGUACGUAACCAAGGAGGAAACGCAUUGAUCAAUUUGAGAUCAUCUUCACAAGAAAACUGCAACAAACAUAUCAAAGGCAAUGGCAACCACACUUCCAAUGGAGACAGCAGCACUUGUGGAAAAACCACUACCACCAUCAUAUAAGGAGACAAUAGGUACAAACCCACAGUACCCACCAGGAGGACCAAUGCCUUAUCCUACCACCGAUUCGAAUCAGCCUCAAUAUCCAGCACAAGGCCACGGACAGAUGUAUCCACCACCCCCACAACCCCAACCAGUUAAUGCUCCUGUUGUUCAAACUGUGUAUGUUCAGCCUGCGGUGUUCAGAGACUCUCCUGCGCAGGUACUUUGUCCGGUAUGCUCACAGACUGUGAUAACUCAACUGGAGUACACAUCAGGCGCAUUAGCCUGGCUCUCUUGUGUAGGCCUGGCCUGUUUCGGGUGUAUUUCUGGGUGUUGCCUGAUUCCCUUCUGUGUGGACAGUUUGAAGGACGUAACGCACCACUGUCCAAACUGCCAGAAAACUUUAGGAGUCUUCAAAAGACUCUAAACCAUUUGCUGAGCAGUUAUGUAACACCUCUGUCAGUGUGUUGCCUUUAGCGUUUUCUGUAAUACCAACAUACAUACAUACAGUAUACUUAUAUAUACACUGUAAAAAAAAAGGUUGACUGUAAGUUCAUAAAAAAACUGAAAAUCUGUGAUUUAUUCAAUUAUGUAUUUGUGUAGUGAUUUUUGGUAAAUGGCAUAUUUGUGAGUAACGCUUACAAGGCUCAAUGCAUUUUUUUAUUCUGUUACCUGAUUUGAAAUAAAACAUAUAGUACAUAUGCACACAUUCCCAGAUAAAACACAGUGCAUAUUUCAUAUAGUUUCUACAAUCUGUUUGCUUUACAAAACCCUAUAGUGGUUUAACAUUCUCAUAAGUUAAAUAAACAAAUAAACAAACAUAAAAAAGAUUCAUGGCAAAGUUUGCUGGAGAUCCUCCACGAAUCGUUGCGUUUUCAGAAAGAUCUGCCAUCUUGACAGCACGUAGCACUGGUUCUGGACAAUGAGACUGAAUGACCCCCAUAACCAUUACAUAUUUACCUGCGGACAAAAUUUUAUAAAGUUUAUGGACCAAUGCAAAUAUAUCUGUAUUUUAUCUCAAUAUUAACAAUUUAAGGUUAAUAAAAGAAAUGUUAAGUUUAUAAUAAUAACUAAAUAUUAUUAUAAAAUGUUUUUCUUUCCUUAUACAUGUUAUGGCUGUAUUUUUCCAACUAUUAUUGUUAUUUAAUCAAUACAGGUCAAUACAGAUUA